GGCGGUACGACAACGACACCGUCGCCGCCGCACCGGACGAUCUUCGGCUCCCAGAAGUCUAACGAAUUUAAUGUAUCGAAAGGGACGGCCAAUCGGAACACUGGCGUCGGCGACAGUAAUAAGACUGAGAUUCUGCAGCGACUCCUGUCCUCUAAUGAUGACGACUCGCCGGGCACCCCGACCCCCAACGCAGCCAAUGCUUACAAUACGGCGCUUAUGGCCACUAAUAUGCCUGCGUUCGCGAGUGGUGUGCCGCCACUGGUUAGGCCUAACUCCCAGUCCCCGUCCGGCAAGAAAGACAUACUGACUGAAGCCAUGGGAGAGAUCAUCGAGACGUCAAUAGUGGAUGAGAUGAAUGAUGUGAUUGUCGACGAUUCCAGCGAUGGCGCGAAUGUGAGCCCUUUGAAUGGUGGGCCCGAUGAGAGCCAAUCGGUCGACAAUUCGGUGAUCUAUGUCGAGGGCGUGUCCGAGAAUAUGACAAAAGAAGACUGGAUUCAGUUGUUUAAAAGCAGCGGUUAUCAGAUGCAGGAAAGCGAUUCCCAAGAGUCGCAAACCAUCGAUGGAUGUGGCGAUAAAAGCGCCGAAGAGUCGCCGCAAUCGGACAGCCAGUUAGUGACGAUUCAAAUUGACGACAAGACAUUGGCGGAGAUGACGAGCGACGAUGAGAUGGUCCAGAUUGUGGUGAACGUGUCGGGCGAUGGCAAUGAUCUACAAAUGGUUGUCUGCGAUGAUGAUGACAGCCCUCUAGUCAGUGACCAAAACGGUGGCAAUAAUGGGACCAAUAAAGUACAAAACGAUAGCCAAUCGGACGCUGAAGUCAAUAAAGAGAACAAAGAGCACCCGUUGGUUACGGCACCGGCACCGACACCACCACCACCACCACCGCCCACGCAAUACUUAUCAAUGCCUACGAUAUCGUUUGAUGACAGCGCCAGUGAUGAUAGGCAUGAGUCUAAAAGCACAGCCGAUAGUGACUAUGAAAAUGAUGACAAUAACGACUCGAAUGGUGGCAAUAAUGAGAUGUUUGCUGAAGAAGUUGUCGACAAUAUGGAGGCAAACACUGAGAUGAGCGAUGAAGUGGUCGAUAAUAAUGAGAGUAAUGAUAAUAACGAGUCAAACGUCGAGACAGUUGCCGAUAAGAGCGAUGAAAAUGCCGAUAAAAAUAGUAACGAAACGAAUGUCGAAGUAAUAGCCGAUAAAAGUGAGACAAAUAGUCAAGUCGUGGAUCAAAACGACGAGAAAUCAGAUGAAUGCGAAGAAACCGUUGAGAAAAAUGUUGAAAAGAGUGAUACCGUAGAAGAUAGUCAUGACUUAGGUCUCGACGACAUUGAUUCCGGUGAAGAGGACGAGACAACUGAAAGUGUUGCCAAAGAGACCGAAACUAAUGUCGAGAGCGUUGAUAAAAGUAGUGAUAAUUUGGAUGAAAAUGAGAAAAGUGUGGAAAGGGAUGAGGAGUCGAGUCAAUUGGACGACACUAUCACCGACACCACUGACAAAACAAAUGAUACGUCGAGCGAAACUCGCGUCGAAAACGAUGUCCAAAGGGAUGACAAUCGCAACGCGGGUCCCAACGAGUCGCCCACGAAGUCGUCGGACGACAGUAGUGUCGAAAUCGAUGUCGAGAAUUGCGAUUCAAUUGAUGGCGACAAAGAGGUGACCCAAAAGCUGGUGACACUCAUCGAGCGCUCGCACGACGACGACUCGGUGGACGUGAAUAUCAGCAGCGAUUCCGACGACAAGGAGACCACGGAUUCGGUGCUCGAG